AUGAUAAGUACGUCAAUGUCCGGAGAAACCUCGCAUAGCCUAGCAUCCUAUAGCUCAACUAGGGUCACUACACCCGAGGGCUUCAAGGCCGAGACCCCCAGCCUUGCCCAAAAAUCUAUGAGAUGGCGUUCAUCUUUUCACUUGAUGCCUCAAAGGGGAUGGAUGAAUGACCCAUGCGCACCUGGAUAUGAUCCCUCGACUGAAUUGUACUAUGUCUCUUUUCAGUGGAACCCCAAUGGUCCUGACUGGGGUGAUAUUGCUUGGGGAACUGCGACUUCGCAUGAUCUGAUUUCAUGGAAAGUCGACGAUCAGCCUGUCCUCUCGCCAGACAAGAGCUACGACUACAAGGGUGUCUUCACCGGGUGUUUUGUCAAGGCACAGGAUGAGACUCUCAACUACAUCUAUACCUCAGUCAGUGCCCUCCCAAUCCACCACACCAUCCCGCACAAAAGAGGCUGCGAGACAUUAAGCAUUGCGACAUCUUCAGAUCAGGGCAAAACCUGGUACAAAAGUGACAAGAAUCCCAUCCUGCCGGGCGAACCUUCCGGUCUCGAUGUCACUGGCUGGAGAGAUCCGUUCUGUGCUCCAUGGCCCAACAUGAGCAAGACCUUGGGGCUGGAAUCAAAGGAGUCUCUGUUCGGUAUCAUCUCAGGGGGCAUCAGGGAUAUCACUCCCACAAGCUUUCUCUACAAGGUCGAUCCGAAGAACUUGAGUGACUGGAAGUACAUCGGCCCUCUCGCAAACCUUGGUCUGAAUUUCAGACUGUCAAGGUGGUCUGGUGAUCUGGGCAAGAACUGGGAGGUUACGAACUUCCUGUCGCUGCAUGACGAGAAUGAUCCCAACUCAACCUUUGACUUUCUCAUCAUGGGAGCUGAGGGAUGCCUCGAGGAUGGCCUCGAAGAAUCCCCGAGCAGUGCAGGUCCAUCACAUCCAAGCCGUGGCCAGCUUUGGAUGUCCGGCAACCUUCGGAAAGACGAAGCUACUGGCUCUGCAAGUAUUUCAUAUGACUUUGGAGGCCACCUUGACCAUGGCUGCCUGUAUGCUGCGAACUCUUUCUUCGAUCCGCGAAGCCAGAAACACAUUGUCUGGGGUUGGAUCACAGAAGAAGACCUGUGCGAUGAUCUCCGUCAUCAGCAAGGUUGGAGUGGAAUGUUGUCAAUGCCUCGCCAGCUCUAUUUGCAGACUCUGCACAACGUAGUGGGCUCAUUAGUCUCUGACUUGUCCUCUAUCACUUCUGUCAAACUCCAGUCCGAGGCUGACGGAGCUUUCGCUAUCCAGACCCUUGCCAGCGAACCCUAUCAGCCUUUGAUUCAACAUCUCCGAAGCUCUUUGGACGCGCAGCUCACACAUUUGGGUAGAUCAUCCCUUGGCGUUAGUGUCAACCAGCUGGAGUUCUCGCCAGAGAACCUGCAGAGUAAGCACUGGGAACUUGAGUGCUCGUUCAAGGUCUCGAAAACUUGCUCCAAGGUCGGGCUGUCGAUCGGUCAUUCAAGGGGCUAUGAAAACGCAACGCUAAUGAUAUUCGAGCCGCAAAACGAAACUUUCACGAUUUCUCGGCCAUCCCUUUCCACAUCUGAUUCAUCUCUGUGGAUCAGAAGCUCGCCUGAAGCAGCACCACAUACAUUGUUCACAGUUCGCAACCCCAGCAGUGGAGAAGAGUAUACGGAAACUUUGGAUAUUCGCGCAUGGCGGGAUAACUCCGUUCUUGAGGUAUUCGUCAAUGGUCGCACCGCGAUCUCCACUCGCCUUUAUGCGGCUGAGGAAACAUUCGGUAUGCGAUUCUUCGCAGAAGAUGAAGCCUCAAGCACCGAGGUACUACGGACCAGUCACACUGGUUCGACAGAGUUGCAAUUUGCAAAUUUGUGGGAUGGAAUUGGGAACUAG